CCCACUUGCUCCAUCCGCCUUGCUCAUCUCCAUCCCCAUUUCCUUCACUUUUUCAUCUGCCGGUACCCAUGUACCGCUUUUCUUCGCUGCGCAGCGUCGCGGGGCAAGCGCGUAGGCGGCUAGCGCUGCCUGCGUACACUCCUCUGCGCUUUGCGCGCGCUUACGCAUCACCCUCUGGCCAGCCACGACCAAACGACAACUCGCCUACCCCGGCCGGCCUGGAGGGUGUGUUCGGCGGCGGCCCCCGCCGUGGGCCUCCCAAGGCUCCCGCUCCUCCCGGCAGCCCUAGCGAGCCGCAUAAGGAGCCUGCCGAGCCUGGGAAGGACGAUACGUCCGAGUGGAAAGACCGCAGACCACGCCUUUCGGACGAUCCUAAUAAGAAGAAGGUGGCGACUGGCGGCGGCGGAGGUGGUGGUGGUAGCGGCGGCAGCGGAGGGAGUGGUGGUCCCAACGGAAACUUCGGCGGCAUGACCCCGAACCAGCUCCUCCUCGCCGUCAUCUCCACCUACGCGCUGUACUCUCUCACAUCGCCAGGAUCUGGCAACACUCGCGAGAUUACCUGGCAGGAGUUCCGCAACCAGCUGCUCGCCCGCGGUCUUGUGUCGUCGUUGGAGGUCGUUAACCGCACCAAGGUUCGCGUUCACCUGCACAACCCCAUUGCGUCGUCCAAUACCACCGGCUCUACAUCGACCGGCUCCGGGCCACAGUCCCCGAGCACCGGCCCGGCACCGUACGUGUUCACCAUCGGCUCGCUCGAGGCUUUCGAGAACCUCCUUCGUGAGACGCAGGACGAGCUUGGCAUACCUCCCGCUGAGCGCGUCCCGGUCUCGUAUCACGACGAGACGUCGAUGCUCAACGUUGCGAUGCAGCUGGCGCCAACAAUCCUCCUCAUGGGCUUCUUCCUCUGGAUGGCGCGCCGGACAUCUGGCAGCAUGGGCGGCGGUGGCCCUGGUGGUGUCUUCGGCGUCGGCAAAUCCAAGGCCAAGCAGUUUAACGAGGACCUGGAUGUCGCCGUUCGCUUCCGCGACGUCGCUGGUAUGGACGAGGCCAAGGAGGAGAUCAUGGAGUUUGUCAAGUUCCUUAAGGAGCCAGGAAAGUACGAAAAGCUUGGUGCCAAGAUCCCCCGUGGUGCCAUUCUCUCGGGACCUCCUGGUACCGGUAAGACUCUCCUUGCCAAGGCCACCGCUGGUGAGGCUAAGGUGCCCUUCUUCUCCGUCUCGGGUUCCGAGUUUGUCGAGAUGUUCGUCGGUGUCGGUCCCUCGCGUGUGCGUGACCUCUUCGCCCAGGCCAAGAAGAACGCCCCAGCCAUUGUCUUCAUUGACGAGAUCGACGCUAUUGGCAAGGCCCGUGGCAAGGGCGGCCACUUUGGCGGCAACGACGAGCGUGAGUCGACCCUCAACCAGCUCCUUGUGGAGAUGGACGGCUUCGGCACCAAGGAGCACAUUGUUGUGCUUGCCGGUACCAACCGCGCCGACGUCCUUGACCCCGCCCUGAUGCGUCCCGGCCGUUUUGACCGGCACAUCGCUAUCGACCGCCCGGACAUCAGCGGCCGUCGCCAGAUCUUCAAGGUCCACCUGGGCCCUCUCGAGCUCUCACCCGAUCUGAAGAUUGACGACGUUGCCGAGAAGCUCGCGCUUCUUACUCCCGGCUUCUCGGGUGCCGACAUCGCCAACGUGUGUAACGAGGGUGCUCUGCGCGCCGCGCGCCGUGGAGGCGAGAACGUAACUUGGGCCGACUUUGACGGGGCCAUUGAGCGUGUGAUCGCCGGUCUUGAGCGCAAGUCACGUGUCCUCGGCCAGAAGGAGAAGAAGACGGUCGCUUACCACGAGGCUGGCCACGCCGUGUGCGGCUGGUUCCUCGAGUACGCCGACCCGCUCCUUAAGGUGUCGAUCAUCCCGCGUGGCGUCGGCGCCCUCGGCUACGCUCAGUACCUGCCGAAGGAGCGCUUCCUGUUCUCAACGCAGCAGCUGCAGGACCGCAUGUGCAUGACGCUCGGUGGGCGUGUGGCCGAGGAGGUCUUCUUCGGCGAGAUUACGACUGGUGCGCAGGAUGACUUGCAAAAGGUCACCAAGAUGGCGUUUGAGGUGUGUGCCAACUACGGCAUGAACCCCGACAUUGGCCCUAUCUCGUUCGGCAACCGCGAGCAGCAGAACGAGGGUCUCCAGAAGCCCUUCUCCGAGGCCACGGCGCAGGCCCUCGACAUGGCCGUCAAGAAGAUGGUCACGGAUGCGCACAAGCGCACCACCGAGCUGCUCACCAAGCACAAGCCUGAGGUCGAGAAGGUCGCCAAGCUCCUGCUCGAGAAGGAGGUCAUCAGCCGCGAGGACAUGCACCGUCUCCUCGGCAAGCGCCCCUUCGAGAACCAGGACGAGAUGGACGACUACAUUGAGCAGCAGCUUGACGAGAAGAAGAAGGAGCUUGACGAGCAGACCAAGGGCGAGGGCGCGCCUGCGAUGGCCAUCAAGCGCACGGACAUCAAGCAGCUCGAGGUUUAGGAGAAACACAGCACUCUUUUGCAUAGAUAGCAUGCGGCAUAUGAACGUCUCCGAUCUUGCCGCGCGUGAGGAGCGGGCUGCACUCGGCAUCUGCUCAGCGUAACCACUCACCAAUCUCACCCUGAGCCUCGGAUGCGAUUGCCGUCGUUCACUGAGAAUCUGGGUUGGAGCUGGAUAGGAGCUGAAUAGGAGCUGGGUAAAAGCCGAUCGGGACGAGAUGUGAUGACUGAUAAGCGGGGCAAGUAA